ACAGUGGGCGGCUUGGGCGCGCCCUGUGCGCGGGCGGGCCCUCCCGUCGGCCCCUCUUCUCCUCCCCCGUCGCCGGGAGGGGCUGCCGAGGGGCGUCCGGUUACAUCUCCGCCUUCCAGCCUCCCGCGCCGAGCUGCUCCGGUUAGCGGGACCGCAGCUGGGGACCAUGUGGGCCGCGAUCUGCUGGCGCCGGGCUGCGUGGAUGCGGGCGCUGCUGCUGCCGCUGCUGCUGGCGGGGCCCGGGAGCGGCCUGCCCCGCCAGGAGCUCUUCCCCUUCGGGCCGGCACACGGGGACCUGGAGCUGGAGCCCGGCGACGACCGCGUCUCCCCCGCCCUGGAACUGAGCACCGCGCUGCGCUUCUUCGACAAAUCCGACAUCCACUCGGUCUACGUCACCACGAACGGCCUCAUUGCCACGAGUGAGCCCCCGGCCGAGGAGGCGCACCCCGGGCCCUUCCCUCCGCCCUUCGGCGCGGUGGCGCCCUUCCUGGCGGACUUGGACACGACCGGCGGCCGCGGGAAGGUGUACUAUCGGGAGGACUCGUCGCCCUCCGUCGCGCGGCUGGCAGCCCAGAGUGUCCAAAGAGGGUUCCCGGACGUCUCUUUCCAACCCACCAGCGUGGUGGUUGUCACCUGGCUGUCCGUGGCGCCCUACCGAGGGCCCAGCGAGGACCCCGCCCCGGAAGGCCAGAGAAACACGUUCCAGGCUGUGCUGGCCUCCUCUGCUUCUAGCUCCUACGCCAUUUUCCUUUACCCCGAAGACGGCCUGCAGUUCACGACGACGCUGUCAAAGAAGGACAACAGCCAGGUCCCCGCCAUGGUGGCCUUCAGCCAAGAGCUACAGGGAUCGCUAUGGAGCAGCAACCGAGCUUAUAAUAUAUUUGCUAAUGACAGAGAAUCGAUCGCAAAUUUGGCCAAGAGCAGCAACUCUGGGCAGCAGGGCGUCUGGGUGUUUGAGAUUGGGAGUCCGGAAACAGCCGGUGGCGUGGUGCCCUCGGACGUGACCUUCACACUGGAGGAUGAAGAGGAGUAUGAUGAAGAUUAUGACUCAGUGACAAGUCUGGGCCCGGAGGACGUGGGCACCACUUCCUUCCCCUCUGAGGCUCCCAGAAGGGGAGACACUGGCACACACAACACACACAGAGCCCUCUCCCCGCCCCGCCUGGCCACCGACAGACCUUCCACCGACAGGACCAGGUCUUUCCAGCUGCCUGGGGAGAGGUUCCCUCAGCAGCACCCGCAGGUCAUAGACGUGGAUGAAGUCGAGGAAACAGAAAUAGUUUUCAGCUACAACACGGACUCCCGCCCGACGUGCGCGAACAGCAGGCACCAGUGCUCUGUGCACGCGGAGUGCAGGGACUUCGCCACCGGCUUCUGCUGCGCCUGCGUCACCGGCUACAUGGGGAACGGCCGGCAAUGUGUUGCUAAAGGCUCUCCCCAGCGAGUUAACGGCAAGGUGAAAGGACGGAUCUUCGUGGGGAGCAGCCCAGUCCCCAUUGUGUUUGAGAACACGGACCUGCACUCCUACGUGGUGACGAGCGACGGGCGCUCCUACACGGCCAUCAGCACCAUCCCCGAGGCCGUCGGCUACUCCCUGCUCCCCCUGGCCCCCGUGGGCGGCAUCAUCGGGUGGAUGUUUGCAGUGGAGCAAGAUGGAUUCAGGAACGGGUUCAGCAUCACAGGGGGCGAGUUCACCCGCCAGGCUGAGGUGACCUUCGUGGGGCACCCAGGCAAGCUGGUCAUCAAGCAGCAGUUCAGCGGCAUCGACGAGCACGGACACCUGACCAUCGACACGGAGCUGGAGGGCCGCGUGCCGGAGGUCUCUGCCGGCGCCACGGUGCACAUCGAGCCCUACACGGAGCUCUACCACUACUCCCGCGACGUGAUCACCUCCUCCUCCACCCGCGAGUACACUGUGGCAGAGCCGACACGGGACAGUGCCGCCCCCUCCAGCGUCCACACUUACCAGUGGCGCCAGACCAUCACCUUCCAGGGGUGCGUCCACGACAGCUCCAGGCUGGCCCCGCCCAGCACCCAGCAGCUCUCCGUGGACAGCGUGUUUGUCCUGUACAACCAGGAGGAGAGGAUCCUGCGCUAUGCUCUGAGCAACUCCAUCGGGCCUGUGCGGGAAGGCUCCCCGGACGCCCUGCAGAACCCUUGCUACAUCGGCACGCACGGGUGUGACACCAACGCAGCCUGUCGGCCAGGCCCCGGGAACCAGUUCACCUGCGAGUGCUCCAUCGGCUUCCGGGGAGAUGGGCGCACCUGCCACGAUAUCGACGAGUGCGCAGAACAGCCCUCGGCGUGCGGGAGCCACGCCGUCUGCAAUAACCACCCGGGGACCUUCCGCUGCGAGUGCGAGCCGGGCUAUCGGUUUUCGGAAGAGGGGACGUGUGUGGCUGUCGUGGACCAGCGCCCCAUCAACUACUGCACCGCGGGCCUGCAUGACUGCGACAUACCCCAGCGGGCCCAGUGCAUCUACACGGGAGGCGCCUCCUACACCUGCGUCUGUUUGCCAGGCUUCUCUGGGGACGGCCGGGCCUGCCAAGACGUGGAUGAAUGCCAGCCAAGCCGAUGUCACCCCGACGCCUUCUGCUACAACACUCCGGGCUCCUUCUCGUGCCAGUGCAAACCUGGGUACCAGGGAGACGGCUUCCGCUGCGUGCCUGGAGAAGUGGAGAAAACGCGCUGCCAGCUGGAGCGAGAGCAUGUCCUCGGGUCGGCGGGGGUGGCAGGCCCGCAGCGACCCCUGCCCGUGGGGCUCUUCGUCCCCGAGUGUGACGAGCACGGGCACUACGUGCCCACCCAGUGCCACGGCAGCACCGGCUACUGCUGGUGCGUGGACCGCGACGGCCGCGAGCUGGAGGGCACCAGGACCAGGCCCGGGAUGAGGCCCCCCUGUCUGAGUACAGUGGCUCCCCCGAUUCACCAGGGACCCUCCGUUCCUCCUGCUGUGAUCCCUCUGCCCCCCGGGACCCACUUACUCUUUGCCCAGACGGGGAAGAUAGAGCGCCUCCCGCUGGAGGGAAGCACCAUGAGGAAAACGGAUGCCAAGACUUUGCUGCAUGCCCCGGAUAAAGUCAUCAUUGGACUGGCCUUCGACUGCGUGGAGAAGAUGGUUUACUGGACCGACAUCAGUGAGCCUUCCAUUGGGAGAGCCAGCCUGCUCGGCGGGGAGCCAGCCACCAUCGUCCGGCAAGAUCUCGGGAGCCCGGAAGGCAUCGCCCUCGACCAUCUCGGCCGCAACCUCUUCUGGACGGAUUCUCGCCUGGACCGGAUAGAAGUUGCGAGGCUGGACGGCACCCAGCGCCGCGUGCUGUUUGAGACCGAUUUGGUGAACCCCAGAGGCAUCGUCACGGACUCCGUGAGAGGGAACCUUUAUUGGACAGACUGGAACAGAGACAGCCCCAAAAUCGAAACUUCCUACAUGGACGGCACCAACCGGAGGGUCCUCGUGCAGGACGACCUGGGCCUGCCCAACGGGCUGGCCUUCGACGCUUACUCCUCGCAGCUCUGCUGGGUGGACGCAGGCACCAGCCGGGCCGAGUGCCUGCAGCCGGGGCAGCCCAGCCGACGCAGGGUCCUCGAAGGGCUCCAGUAUCCUUUCGCGGUCGCGAGCUUCGGGAAGAAUCUGUAUUACACGGACUGGAAGACGAAUUCCGUGAUCGCCAUAGAUCUUGCCGUUUCCAAGGAGACGGACACCUUCCACCCCCACAAGCAGGCCCGGCUGUAUGGCAUCACCACCGCCCUGCCUCAGUGUCCCCAAGGUCACAACUACUGUUCGGUGAACAACGGCGGCUGUACCCACCUCUGCUUGGCCACCCCGGGAGGCAGGACCUGCCGCUGCCCUGACAACACCCUGGGAGUUGACUGUAUCGAGCGGAAAUGAGGACGAGGGUGCCUUGUUCCCUCACCAAGUCUUUCGCAGCCGCACCCUACGUCCAAGGGUCCAGACGAAAGACUGACCUGGUGGCUGGGUGGCCACCAGCCUGAGCCUCAACAGCGUGCCCCUCACUGUUCCCCAAAACAUAAGCCCCAAGCUCCUGGGAUGGGAAAGCCUCUGUACCUGCACAGACAGAACAGCCCCCCAACCCAAACCCUCGGACAAGUGUAUGCAGAUGGGGGCCGCACGCCCACCCCAGGCCCCUGGGGCCGGCCCCCACAGGCACCCCAGCGGCGCACAGACCCACCCAGGCCUGAGCCGCCCCUCCCUGUGGCUUCCUGAGCUCAGCGUCCGGGACGCGCCAGCCAGGGCCCCAGCCCAGUGGUGCCGGAACCGGGAGAGCCUUCCAGGAACAGUUGUUUGUCUUCAAAGGCAAAUAGAUCCCCAAGAAUGACAAGGUUUGGGGAACACGUGGGUGGUUUGUAUGGCCCAACCCACAAAUUAGUUUCACUUUCUUUUUAUAUUUAUCAUUCAUUCCAUAUCAAGCCCUCUAUAUCAAAUGUUUGUCAUAAUUUUGUAUAAUUUUUAUAACUUCAUUUUUUUAAAUGGUAAAUUCUUAAAACUGUGGAAACCAUUGAAGGUGCUUACUAACUGUUCCCCCCGUUUAUAUCAGUGUUGGAUAAUUCCUUGAGUUUACAGCUGUAUAAAUAUUAGUGCAGAAAAUUAAAAAAAAAUUGUUAAUAAAUCUUCCU